AAAUCCACUCAACAAAUUUAGUCAUAGCUUAGUGUACAAACAUUAAUUUGCUACCAUGGCUAAUUCAACUAUUCAUACAUCUUCAAUAAUAUUAGCUCUAGCAAUUGUCUUAGCUGCUCUUGCAACUCAAUCUGAGGCUAGAGCAUUUUUUGUUUUUGGAGAUUCACUAGUUGACAAUGGCAAUAACAAUUACUUAGCCACCACGGCACGUGCAGACUCGCCACCCUACGGCAUUGAUUUUCCUACUCAUCGACCGACCGGCCGGUUCUCUAACGGACUUAACAUUCCCGACUUUAUCGGUCAAGCAAUUGGAUCAGAUUUUCUAUUGCCAUACUUAAAUCCAGAGCUUAACGGAGAGAACCUGCUUAACGGUGCAAAUUUUGCUUCUGCUGGAAUUGGAAUCCUCAAUGAUACCGGAGUUCAGUUUGCAAAUAUAAUUAGAAUGUUUCAGCAAUAUCAGUAUUUUGAGCAAUAUCAAAGGAGAGUGGCUGCUCUAAUUGGACCUGAAAGGACCCAACAACUAGUUAAUAGUGCACUUGUCCUCAUAACUGUCGGUGGCAACGAUUUUGUGAACAAUUACUAUUUAGUACCUUUCUCUGCAAGAUCUCGUCAAUUUUCUCUUCCAGAUUAUGUUGUGUAUCUAAUUUCUGAGUACAAAAAACUUCUUAUGAGGCUAUAUGAUCUUGGGGCUCGGAGAGUUCUCGUAACAGGGACCGGUCCCUUGGGCUGUGUUCCGGCGGUAUUGGCGAUGAGGAGCACAAACGGGCAGUGCUCGGCCGAGUUGCAGCAAGCUGCGGGCUUGUUCAAUCCUCAACUCACUCAAAUGCUUAAUCAACUCAAUAGCCAAUACGGUUCAGAUAUAUUCAUUGCUGCUAAUACUGGCCGAAUGACUGCAGAUUUCGUCAAUAAUCCUGGAGCAUUCGGAUUUGUAACAUCAAAGAUAGCAUGUUGUGGACAAGGACCAUAUAAUGGUCUAGGACUAUGCACACCUCUCUCAAACUUAUGCCCUAAUAGAGAAAUAUAUGCAUUUUGGGAUCCAUUUCAUCCAUCAGAAAGGGCUAACAGAUACAUUGUUCAACAGAUCUUGAGGGGCUCUACUGACUAUAUGAGCCCCAUGAAUCUUACCACUAUUAUGGCCUUGGACUCGAGGACUUAGUUGCCAAAAAAAAUAUGAUGUGGAGUGUAUUUAUAAUUAAGCAUAAAUACAUUACUGUUUAUUGUUUUGAAGUUCAGUUCCCAUGUUCUUUUUGAUUGAAUUGUCAAGUUAAUACAUGUUGUAUUUCUAUGUA